AUGAAGCGCCAUAGUUUCUCGUCAACUUACGACCGUUUCUUAUGGUUGAGAGUGGCACACAAUACCAAAUAUGCGAACAAAAUUCACAUUUUGAAACGGAUAUCUUUAAAUUUAGAUAAUCCAAACUCAUAUGAAAGCCUCAAGCGUGUGGCAAUGAAUAAAAGUUCAGAGUUAGAUUUUACGAUACCCCAUAAUCAAAUGACUCUGUGGAGAAGCGAAAUGGGAAGGGAAAUUAACAUAACUUUUAAAAUAUGCAAUUUUCCUAUUGACUGGGAUGACUAG